AUGGUUGAUGAUAUGGUGCUGUAUUAUGGGCUCCUCGGGAAGGAUACUGCAAAAUCCAGCUGGCACUUNAAUACUUCCACAGAUGCUUACAAUGAAGAAGACUUGAUGCUCUACUGGAAACAUGGCAAUGAAUCUUUAAGUUUAGAUGAGUACAUUUCUCUUUCUCAGUUUUUCAUUGAAGAAUUUAGUGCUUCUAGUGGAUUAGCAUUCUACAGCAGUACAGGUUGGUACAAUCGACUUUUUAUAAACUUUGCUCUACGGAGACACAUUUUCUUUUUUGUUUUACAAUCCUAUUUCCCCUCUAUGUUGAUGGUGAUGCUAUCUUGGGUUUCCUUUUGGAUAGACCGAAGAGCUGUUCCUGCAAGAGUAUCACUAGGUAUAACUACUGUGCUGACGAUGUCAACCAUAAUUACUGGAGUAAGUGCCUCAAUGCCCCAGGUGUCUUAUAUAAAAGCUGUGGAUGUAUAUUUAUGGAUCAGCUUCCUUUUUGUCUUCCUAUCUGUUAUUGAAUAUGCAGCUGUAAAUUAUCUCACAACAGUGGAAGAAAGAAAACAUCUGAAAAACAGAGGAAAGGUUGCUGGGUUAUAUAACAUUGAUGCAACGCAAGCCAUGGCCUUUGAUGGGUGCUAUCAUGAUACUGACAUUGAUCUUGCCACCUUGAGUGUACUUUUGGAAGAGGGAGCAGCAUGCGAGCGAGCACCCAGCAUCACCCAUCUGGGUCAAGGUCCCUUAAAAAGAAAAAGGGUUUUGAAAAGAACUGUGGGCAGAAUUAUUUUGCAGAAUAACCACGUCAUUGAUACGUAUUCCAGGAUUGUAUUUCCUGCUAUAUAUAUUGUAUUUAACUUUUUUUACUGGGGUUUAUAUAUAUAAAUGAAGAGAGUCAUAACUACUUUACUUAUUUUAUGUUCAUGUGAACAACUGAGACUUGUUAUAGUAAGCUAAGGACUCCCUUAGGUGAGCUGGAUUUCUUGUUGACUUAUUUUUAAAGAUUAGCUAGGAAC